UAUGUUUGCUGGAGAACGAUAAUUUUCCCGGAGUUUCAACUGGAUAAACAGACCAUCGAGUGGCCAAUGCGCAGAGGAAAUAUAUCCCAGAGUUGGUUUUAAUUGUUUUAUUCUUGUUUAAAACGUUAAAAUAAGCAAACAGAUCCGACCAGUUAUUGAUAGGUUAUCGCUGCUAGUGGCUACACACAUUGGAAGCAAUAAAGAGUCUGAGGAUAUGAGAGAUUCCAUUCACAGCUUGCUGAGAUCAAUACCACGAGGCCUGACCCUGGGCCCUUCUCUGGCCAAAGAUGGACAGCUGGGUUUGUGGUGUGUCGGGCGAGUGUUACAGAAAGGCUCUUUGCUAGGUCUGAAUGAGCCUGACAAAAUGAUUAGCAAGGAAAAGUUAGAAGAGCAGGGAUUACAAAAUACAUGCCAAACUGUGUUGAAAGGACAACUCUCAGAUGAAAUGUAUUGGAUAAGGUUUGCCUGCAGUACUCACAAUAAGGAAAAGAAGAAUGUCAGUAUGCUCGAAGUGGAUGGAAGGCUGUGUCUACAGGUCAGUCAGGACAUUAAGCCCGGAACAGAACUGCUCCUGUGGGGAGAUCAACAAGAACCCCCUCUUGAGCCUCUGGAAUCAGAGGAUAAAACAGCAGCCAUGCAAGUAGAAGUCUGCAAAUAUGAUCCACCAGAAAAAGAGCAAGAGGAAGUUCUGGAGGCUAUCCCUCCAAUUCACCCUGAUGAUGCAGGCUGUGCAUAUUCUGUCCACAGUGGUUCAGAACAAAAUACUGACGGGCAAGUCACACAAGAAGAUGCAAAACCUCAGAUUCACAGGAGUAAACCUCAAAUCAAGUUGAAAAGAACUCGGAACUCCAAAGCCUGUAAUUCUAGUGCUCUAGAGAAGCAUGGAACAGACAAGGCACAUGGGGAGAGUAAAGCUGAGCAGGCUGAGGAGCUUACCGCUAGAGAUGAGAUUCAGAACGUUAGUGUAUCUACAUCACAAGUCCUGAAUUCAUCAGAGCAGCUGAGCCCAGAGAGAAGCCUGAGAGCCAGCUCUCGCCUUGCAGCUAAACCUCGAAAAGUGCAUUCUGCAGCUAACCGUACUUACAAGCGUGAAGGUCUGAAAAACAAAAAAAAGCUUUUAAAAAAGCGUGAUGAGAGUAACGACAAAGAGGAAGUAAGUGAGAACCAAUGCAAUGAAAGAAUGCAAGACUCUCAGGAUCUCCUUCAGCUCUCCAAUAUACGAGAGAGGAGGUACAAAUGUGACCAGUGUGACAAGAGCUUCUUUCAGCUGUGCCAUCUUAAGAAACACAACUUGACACAUCAAGAUCAGAAGCCGUACUUGUGUAAUGAGUGUGGUAAAUGUUACAGUUCGCAGGAAAGCUUCCAAGCUCACCUGCUAAUGCACCGCGGUCAGAGGCCCUUUAAAUGCCCGGACUGUGACAAAUGCUACGGCUUGAAACGUGACCUCAGGGAACAUCUAGUACUCCACACAGGUGAGAAGCCGUAUGUCUGUGACGUCUGCGGAAAAGCUUUUGCUCGCCGACCCUCGCUACGCGUCCACAGAGAAGUCCAUCGGACCAAAGAGCCUGACUACCAGGCUCAGAAGAUAAAGUGCCCGGAGUGCAAUAAAGAACUAGCCACUUCUGGUUCUUUGCGGAACCAUAUGCGUCUCCACAGUGGAGAACGGCCGUACGUCUGCCAGUACUGUAACAGGAGCUUUCGGCAACGUGGGAAUUUACUGGGACACUUGCGCAUCCACACUGGAGAGAAACCCUACAAGUGCAAUCACUGUGACCAGUGCUUCUCUCAAGUACCUGAACUGCGCAGGCAUAUGAUUUCACACACGGGUGAGAUGUAUCUCUGUCCCGUGUGUGGUAAGGCUUUACGGGACCCUCACACACUACGGGCCCAUGAACGGCUGCACACGGGAGAAAGACCUUAUAAAUGUGAACAGUGUGGGAAAGGGUACACGAUGGCGACCAAGCUACGGCGCCACUUAAAAUCUCAUCAGGAGGGGAAGCCGUACAAGUGUCAGGAGUGUGGCGCUAAAUACAAAAUGAUGCAGAGUCUACAGCGGCAUAUACAGUCACACAAACAAGCUGGGCACUCAUUGCCAAUGCAAGUUCGAGCCAGAAGGUUAGGCCAUAAAACACAGAGUGAGCCAGGAAAGAGUGACGCCAUCAGAUUGGAGAAUGGACAAGCUGUGCCAUACGUUCAAGCCCCUGAUGACUUUACAAUAGUGUCUCACCCGGAAAGUGUAGUUUUGGACUCUGGCGUGUACCACCAUGACACAAUUGAUAAGGGGCUUGAACAAAUUGAGUUCAGUGAGAAUAUUAUUCAGUUUAUCGUCUCAGAUAGCAAUGCUAUAGUAAUUCAAGACCAUUUUGCUGAUGCCAAGUGUCUAGAAGUUCAGGAAGCUAAUACUGAAUGUAUGGUUGUGCAGGACAGCAAUGCUAGUGACAACAGUAUCGUAGUUCCAGAACAGGAUCCUAAUAGUUGUUUAGUCAUAUUACAAAGUCAGGAUGAUCUAAGCUCAGUGGCAGAAACUGUCGAAAUAGAAAUGUAAUUUUCAUAUUAAUACAGUCUCUUCACAUUUUGUUUCUGACCAAAGCAACAACAAGACAACUAAAAUGACUCAAACAAUCAUUUUACUUCUUUGUUAAAUAAACAUGGCGGCUUUGU